AUCGCCCAUUCUCUUAGCUUCCCUCCUCACACACGCUCGAUCUCUUUCUUACAAAUAUCGUGCGUGCGUAGGUUCGCGUCUGUGACUAUCUUAUUGAUUUCACUUAUCAUAUCAUUUAUAAUUUUUUGAUUGGCGAACAUGAAGCUAUCACCCAGUACUUGAAAGGCUAUUGGAUAGUAAACAACGUAAUGUUCCUUACAAUGUUUUUUGACUUUCGUUGUCAGUUUGACGCCUACACCUACACUAUCUCAAACAAUAAGCAUUAACCGAGUCGUUUGAGGUUCCGUGAAACAUUCCACCUCUGACCUAAUUUGUCUUUCUGUCAUUAGCAAACGUGUAUAUUACUUUGGGUGCGCAAACGACAACUCGUUUUCAGUACCGGUCUGAUCUCGCAAAUGCACCGUCUGAGAGCAGAAUUCCAUGUUUUCUAGAUCCUUCGCCAGUUACGAUGAUUAAACUGUGAUUAUUACCGGAGAUAAGUAAAUUAAGUGUGAACAAUUUAGUUUGUUAAUAGAAUGGACAGGACGUAGUGAAAUAACAAUGGGGACUUGUAGUUAGCAAAUGUGCUGCCCCGUCAUAGAAUGGGUAUACUUAUGGAAACCACGCAAGUGAAUCUGGGCACUGCCAGUUACCGGAGGCGGCGAACAGAGACGGAAUUGUUCGGCGCGAUGGGCACUCCAGGCGAUUUCUACGCGGACACGCUGCACACCAUCGCUAUCAAUACCAGGGAGACAGAGUUCGGCAGUAUUGUCGAGCCAAUACCGAUCACGCUGAAGGCGUACACACAGUUCCAUGCCCAUGGACACGCGAUCAACGGCUACGGGUACCCGCAGCAGCAAGUGUUGACUUCUCUCGUCGCUGCUCCCCGGGUGACCCCAGUCGAGAAACCCUCCACUUCCACAUUCACACCGAAUCCUGUAAAGGAAGAAGUUAAAGAGGUUGUCGAGAAAGUCGCGUUCCCUCCACCGAAGAAAAAAUGGAUUAGAGAAUAUUUAGAGGAGGAGCCGAAGUCGCCUUUGUCGGUGCGGGUGGUGACCGGAUUGCCGGUGCCGGCGGUGCCGGUACGGAGCAACGGCGUGGUGCGGCCGCCGUCGCCGGUACCCCCCUGCCUCCCCGCAGCCCCCGCGGAGCCCCAGCCCGCGCCGGUCGUGGCUGCCCCCGCACCGCUCGACUUCAUACAAGAACAUUCCAGGCCCCGUACAACGAGUAGUAGUCAUGGCCUCCCCCAAAUCCCCUCCCCACCUUCGGUCAGCAGUAACGGCAGUGGGAGCAGCAGUAGCAGCAGCGUCCCCCGAGCAGGCACCAGGGAAGUCCACAACAAACUGGAGAAGAACCGGCGGGCGCACCUCAAGGAGUGCUUCGAACUCCUCAAGAGACACCUCCCGGCAACUCCCGAUGACAAGAAGACGUCAAAUCUAUCGAUACUUGGCUCGGCCAUUAGGUAUAUACAGGUUCUCCGACGUAAAGAGCGCGAGUGCGAGCACGAAAUGGAGCGGCUGGCUCGCGAGAAAAUCGCGUCGCAACAGCGGCUAGCCGCCUUGAAGCGAGAAGUGUCGGUGCGCGCCUCCGUCCGCCCACGGAGUAUCGAUUCUACUGAAGACAAAGAUAGGGAUGAAACAGUUAAUAAUCAAGUCGUAGGAAUUCCCAUAAGUAUUACCUCUUCGCCGCCGCGGUCGGUAGCUCGGAUGGAUGCCUCUCCACCUCACACCCUCAACUUGAGCACGAAGCUGCGGACCUUGCCGAUUCAAAUAACGCCAACCACCUCGCAGGUCGUACGGACUUCGUACGGUUCAAGACAUAACACGCUCACCUUAACCACGCUCGCACCGGCCGAUGCGCCGACACAGAACGGGCAGACGGUGGAGAACGGAGUGACGAACGCGCUUAGCACCGCCAUCGUCCACCCCGCGCAAAUACACCUACCUAUAUCACAAGUGAUGGGGAGUGGAGGCUUAGUGGUGGGUCCGGCGGCGUUACAACUUUUGUCAGCGGGUGGCGGCCUCCGAGUGUUGCAGACACAGGCCGUGCACACCAACGGUGUGACGGUGGAAAACAAUAGGGCACCUAAAGAAAAUGGACUAGUGUCUCCGACGCCGGUAUCCACAGAAGGGGGCAGCAUGGUCGUGAGUGGGCUGACGCCAUUAGUGGUGUCGCAGCCCACCGCGCAUCUGCUGCAGACACACACGCUCACGCAUAAGAUGGUUGAAACACAAAUGGUGAAAGGCAACGUUGCCCCACUGACCGUUAGCGCGCAGUACCUGAGCACGACCAUAGUCAAGCCCGUCGUGGUCGUGUCUGCCGCGCACACGCCGCCGCCCGCGCCCCUGCCGCACCACCCGCCCCCCUCGUGAUCCCGCCGGGCGCUGCGCCUGCACGCCUCCUCCAGCUGAGCUCUGCAUGCCUGGUACUUUGAGAAAACCGAAAGAUUGGGUCUGAUGAUUUAGAAGAACGUUCUUGAGUCUGCUGAGAUUAAAACUAUAAAAGUGUGAUGGUGAGAACACCAGCUCUACUGAAUUUAACUAACUAUAGCCAGACCGAAAUUCUGAGCUUAAGGCACACUUCAAACUGGCGAUGAGACUCAAAAUAGAGCUUUGUGAAGAAUUACCAAUAUGAUUAUGGCACAAGAUACCAAGAUUGUGAUUAGCCCAGCAGUUCUACUUCCAUCAGAAUAGGCUAAAGGUCUCAAACUUUUAAGCUGGAAUACCUGUCAUCAUGAUUGUUACUCUUGGUGCGUGCUUGAAACAGCGCUAAGAUCAAAUAACUUUAACGGAGUAGCAGAAGUACUUAACACUCUAUGUCUCACGAGCAGAGCAGGAUCAAAAGUUAAAGUUCCUCCCGCGUGAAAGGGCGUGUUUUGUGUUGGGUUGACUCCUCCUAGGCCCAAGUUUUCGACCCUCUUCUUUCUUCACUGCCAAAGUAUUCUGUAGCAAUAAUUACGGUAAUGCGAGUGACUUUUCCUAUGUGAGGUUUAACGCAAUAGUGCAGGUGGCUUGAAAAACAGUGCGUCAAGACUGUGGAUGCGACUACAUGACUAUCUUGAGCGAAGUGACUGGCGGUGGAUCCGACCAUCGCACUACAAGUUAACUCUUUAUAUUUUUCUACUGAUACCGAUAGUCCAUAUUGUGAUCGCAUACAAUAAUUUAAUAGUUUUACGAGUGAAUGUAAUAAAUCCAUUAUUUAAUUUUUAUUUAUUGUUAGAACUAGGGAGCAAAAAUAUAGUCAAAAUUACGAAAUGGAUCGGAGCGGAUUCUAAAAGUGCGGUGAAAAUCGACGAUAUCAUAGUCUAUUACAGUUGAUUCGGGCGCCUACGCAACUGAGCGAGUUUAAAAAUAAGUGUGAGACGCAAAAAAUAAUUGAUUUUCUAAGGUGUCACAAUCAGACUAUCUAAAUGAACUAAAUGAAUACUUUUCCAUGAAUCGUGACGACGUAGGUUUAGGCUAAAGUGUACUUGUUAUGUAUAGACUAACAAGAUGAAAGUUUAUUUUUGCUAUAUAAUCUGUGAUGUGUGCAGUUUAGGUACUGUAGAAAACUCUGUACAAAGACGUCUAUAGGUGUUGUCAAUUUCUAACAAUGAGUGUUAUAAAGUCAAUAUAAAAUGAUAAUUAGGUAUUAUAAAAAUUGUGGCUUAUACGUGUAAAAUGCAAUAUUAAUUUUGAACAUCUUAUGUGAUAUGAGCUGGCAUCAAGCACUAAGAAACCAGAAGUUAGAGAGAGUGGUCCGAUUUCUUUGCGAAAUGCAUUUAAUUAAUUAUUAUUUGCUGGGUGUUGUUAAUGUCACAAUAAGUGUGAUCUAAGCAAAAAUAACCGAUGCAUUUAGGAUAUUAAUGAUUUAUAAAGAACUUCGUGUUUGGUGUAAUAAUAAGGUUUAAUUAUUAUUAAUCAGAUGUAAAAAUGCAUUUGAUUACUAAAUACAUAUUUGUGUAAUAUUGUGGCAUUAGUACUAGGGCAUUAUGGCUCUCGAGGAGUGUCUGGUUUCUUGUGCUGGCACGGGCCGCGCGGCCGUCCUCACAGUGUGCCUAAAGGGAUAGCGGAAUUACUAAAGUAAAUAAUUAGUUUCGGUCGGCCAAGCUAAAUAUAGGUCAUUGUAUUAGGCCUUUGACAAGCUUUCGGUUAAUGGAAGGCACGUCUUUGUCGUACUUGUCCCAAACUAAAUUAAGUUUGAUACGUCGAAAAGACGUAUGGUUGAAAUCGACAUGUUACGUCGUAUAAACGUGGAUUAGUUAAUAAGUAAGGCAAGUAUGUAUCUAAUAAAGUAAGUAUGUUAGAGGAAUUUGGGGUAUAAAUUGAAAGUAAAAUAAAAUUCAAUUUGGCUUGGCUGGUUCGAAAGUUUCGAUUCUGAAAUCACCUUUCAACGCUUUAAAAUACUUUUUCAGUGUUGAAAGCGGAUUAUGUUAAUGUAUAAGUAAGUCGAGGGUAUACUUUAGCUCUCUGUUUCUGCGUUGUUAAGUUUUGCCGGCGUUUCAACGUUGUUCUUGUUAACUUAGCAUUGUAAUGAUGGGUCAGACAAACACUGGAUUAAAAUAUAAUAAAAGGAAUUUUAGUUUGUACUUACUAUUUUGGAAAUUAAUAUUCUAAAUUUAAAAAGUGCGGCAAAGUUACGUCAAUCUUUUCACAGUGAAUGCCUGACCUACUUUUGUACUCUCCGUCUCUUUCGCUCACUUCGUCGAAGGUUAAUAUAAAAAGGGACAGUGAUAUGUAACAUUCGGUCUUCAAUAAAGCAAUAUUGUGCCAACAGAUGACGGUUGAAAUUGUUGGAUUUUUUGGUGUAUUAUGUUUUUAAGGAGCCUAAGUUAAAAAUGAGAGUUUUCACAUUUGCCUUUUGUACGUCUUUAGGACGUAUGUUUUAAUUUCUUUGGUUAUUCAAAACUCUCAAAUUUAACAUUCUAUUUCAAUGCGUUUUUACUUAAAAUACACUCAACAGCACACUCUUGGAUUUAGUGCGAGUAAAAAUAUGAACAAACAUUAGAGUUCCCAAUUUUAAACAGGGAUUGCUAAGUUUCAACGAAUUGAAAUAGAUAGGCUCAAAAUACUUUAUGAACGAGCUUACACUGACUGCUCAGACAUAAUUUAAUAUCGAUAAUGACAGUGCAAUAAUACUUACAAAAAUAAAAUAUAUGUAUCUUCUUUCUCUACCAAAAAUAAAUGAAUAUUUUUGCAUCAAAAUUACAUGCUAAAUUGUAAUAUACAGUUGCCACCCAUGUAAUAAUACAAAUCAAAAUAGCUGUAUUUUGGCAGGUAAAUAUGUACUAUUUUUCUAUUACAUGAGAAAAUUUAAUGGAAAUAGUCACAUAGUUUGCUAUAGGUUAUCAGAAGCGAUAAGAGACUGCAUUUAGGCUUUGGGAAAUAUCAUAAGUAGAUAUAAUGACAUUUAGCUGGAUACUAAAACGGGAAUGUGAAAAUUCUGCCAACUUACUCAGUAUCAUUUGAAGACAUUCUUUGAAUUUUUCCUUAGUUUGGGAAUAUUUUCGGUACGUUCUCACUCAAUGGUUACAUUUUGGGAAAGUGAUAUUGCUAUAAUUUUGUAACUUUCAUUUUUUUAUUAGUACAUAAUUGGCUGAAAUCUAUCUAUGAGUAUUGUGUUGUGAUUAAAAUUAUAUCUUAUUCAUAAUGUUUUAAUGGCAGGUUGGCACGCAUAACUUUAAGUACCGUUUUAGUAUACAGUUGUACAGCAGUGCUAGAAUUUUGGGGCUAAAAUACUAAGAUUAUAGCACCGCUGUAUCUUAUUUAAUUAGGAAGGGUGGCAACCCGAGCAUUUCAUUUUUAUUUUAUAUAAAAUAACAAUAAUUCAUUAUUUACUUAUUUUAAAUGUUUAGUCCUGAGGUAUGGUCUCAAAUGUAAAUUGAUUUAAAAUAAAAUUAUUAUUUCUAUAGUAAAAUAACACAUUUUACCCGACUGUGUAAGGAGGGCUAUAUUUUCUAUUAUAAUAUAUAACUGGAUGUGUUUGUUAUUUAUUUAUACAUUUUAUGAUAAGUAUUUAGUGUUAAAUUAGAUACACUUUCCUAUUAUUUGUAAUAUUAUGUACAUUUCUAUUUAUUUUCAUCUGGUAAAACUUACGAUUGGCUGUGACUGUCUUGGAAUUUUUUUGUCACUUAAAUGUCGUUUUGUGCGAUUAGUCAUGAUUUUUAUUGUAUUAAUUAUUAUUUUUUAAUUAUUCGGCUGCAAUCUGUACUAUGGCUCAUUUUCUAUUCUCAUUAUUUUAAAUUAUUAAUUAUAUUUUACGAUUAAUUUAAUAAUACAGAGCCCGCUCCAUCGAUUAAGUGUUUGUGUCUAUUUUUUGUGCUUUAAUACUUUUUCAAAAAAGCAGUAUUUUCAUCAAAACAGUGCUUUUUGAACUGAUAAUAAUAUUUUUGUCACUUUGCCUAAUUAUUAGGUUGAAUGGAAAUAUGUAAAAAUAAUAUAAAUAAAGAGAGAAUUUUAUUUUAAUUGUAAUAAUAUUCUGAAGCGAAAUGCUCAUGUAAAUAAAAUGACGUAGUGUAUAAAGUUAUAAUAUGUUAGAAAUACACAAAAACUACAUAUUU